UGAACUCUGUCCACUGGUGAAAACUGAUAGGCGUGGUGGCAAACUCCAUUUUACAAUAAAAUAAAAAAUAGUAAUAUGUAGUGAUAAUACAGGUGAAAUGCAAUACCGUUUUACUUCCCACGCCAGUGGUGAGGCAGUAUUGUAAUCCCGAAAUUUUUUGAAAAUGAGGUGUUGUACGCUAAUACUUGGUCCUGCUAUAGCUUGGAAAGUACUGGUUGGAUUUUGGAGGUCCACUUGUAAAUGACAAUGUCAGCCUAAAAACUAUUCGGAAAAUGCAAUAAACAUGUGCGACCUAAAAAUUCCUCAGAUUCCUCCUGGAUUAUCUAAAAUAGCUAUCAAUUAAUUAGUCGCUUAUCAAACACACAGUCCGGCAUGUGGGCGCGAAAAUCCAUAAUGUAGUGAGGGAAAACAACGCUAGAGUGCUGACGCCUUAUAGGCCAGUGAAUAAGGAACACCAGGUACUGGUUCUGGAUAUUUGGCCUAAUAAGCUAAUGCAUUAGGAUUGGAGUAUACAGAAAAAAAUCAUUCUUGAGCCAUUGAGCCGUAUUCAUAAAAGAGGUGCAUAUUCUCGGAAGCAUAAGGUUAAAGUAUAAGGUCUUGCUUCGGAGAAAAAGAUCCCACUAUCCAGAUGGUUAUGUCCAGUCGCACGCUGUUUCCGCUUUUCGUGUUGACAAUCGGCACCUUCGCUUUUGAGUUCAAGCAUCACAAUAAUGAGGAGUUACUUCGUGUGCUGCAGGAGGUCAACUUGAGGUGUCCGAAUAUCAGCAGGAUUUACACUUUGAGCGAGACUUCGGUAUUGGGGGUUCCGCUCUAUGUGAUUGAGUUUGCCACUAGGCCUGGGCAUCAUGAGAUAUUAAAGCCAGAGUUCAAGUACAUAGCAAACAUGCACGGUAAUGAAGUGCUGGGGAGGGAACUACUUCUAAAGCUAGCGGACUACCUUUGUGAGGCAUAUACACAAAACGACCCUAAAAUCAAAGCUCUUCUUCAAAUGACGAGGAUUCACCUGAUGCCCAGCAUGAAUCCUGAUGGCUGGCAAUUGGCUACUGAUACAGGUGGUCAAAGUUAUCUGAUUGGAAGGACAAACAACAAUUCUGUUGACUUGAACAGGAAUUUUCCAGAUUUGGAUAGAAUUGUAUUCAGAAAUGAAGAUAACGAUGCUGUAACAAAUAACAAUCAUCUCCUAGGACAAGUAUCGCAACUAUCCGACCCUCUUCAACCUGAAACAAGGGCAGUGAUGAGAUUUAUAAUGCAGAUUCCGUUUGUUCUAUCUGCAAACUUACAUGGUGGCGAUUUAGUAGCUAAUUAUCCUUAUGACGAAAGUAGGAGCGGUAGGCAGAAAAAUGAGUAUACCUCCACUCCAGAUGAUGGCACAUUCAGGUAUUUGGCUCUGUCGUAUUCAACAAAACACGCAGACAUGGCGAAUCCGAAUAGGAAGGGUUGCGGUGAUAUCGAUAGCAACAAGUUUGCAAAACAAGGUGGCAUCACUAAUGGAGCUAAGUGGUAUAGUUUGCAAGGAGGCAUGCAAGAUUUCAAUUAUCUCUCCACAAACGAUUUCGAACUAACACUUGAACUAGGUUGUGAUAAGUAUCCUUCCGAAAAUGCUCUUGAGAACGAAUGGCACCGAAAUAAGGAAGCAUUGCUCAAUUUUAUAUGGCAGUCUCAUAUCGGUAUAAAAGGAAUUGUCUACGAUAGUAUCACCCAACAGGGUAUACCCAAUGCUGUGAUUCAUGUGAAAAAUAUGACCAACGGAAAAUCGAGUGACAUCAAACAUGACAUAACUUCAGUACAUGAUGGCGAUUAUUAUAGACUGUUGAUUCCUGGAACUUAUAAAGUAACGGCUUACAAAGAUGGAUACUUACCUCACACAAGACUGGUAACAGUCUUAAACAGACCAUAUACACCAGCUCAGAGGGUCGAUUUUCCGUUGAAACCCAUAUCGUUGCCACCAUACAUACGGAUGCAGACCGACAACUAUAUCAAUUCCAAGCUUGACGAAGAGCUUUCCAGUCAACAACAGUGGUCAAAUUGGGUGGAAGAGGACGAACCAAUAUUAGAGCCUAUCGCAGAACAGUAACAGCUGACAAAAUCUUACAGUAUACUUAUGUAACAUAUAUCAUUCCAGUAGACUUCCAUUAUCUAAUAGUUUAAAACAUAUAUUGGAUACAUAAUUCUCAACACUUCACGCACAUGAUUAGUGUAUAGUUGUAUAUUAUACUUUGAAUUAUAUUUUAUGUACCGUUAACGUGAAAAGACACACAUACAUAUUAUGUAAAUCUAAUAAAAUAUAUUUUAGAAAUGUUC